CGAUGGCAUUCACUUCCAGCUAUUCUUAGGAGCCUCCCAGGAGCUCUGCACAGCCUGGCCAGGCAGCAAGGAACACAGCAGAGGAAGCCACCGCUGUCAGCAGCAGUAUGUCUUACAGUGUGACUCUGACCGGGCCUGGGCCCUGGGGCUUCCGUCUGCAGGGAGGCAAAGACUUCAAUAUGCCCCUCACUAUCUCCCGGAUCACUCCAGGCAGCAAGGCAGCCCAGUCCCAGCUCAGCCAAGGAGACCUUGUGGUGGCCAUUGAUGGGGUCAACACAGACACCAUGACCCACCUGGAGGCCCAGAAUAAGAUCAAGUCUGCCAGCUACAACCUGAGCCUCACUCUGCAGAAGUCCAAGCGGCCUAUUCCCAUCUCCACGACAGCACCCCCUAUUCAGUCCCCGCUGCCAGUGAUCCCCCACCAGAAGGUGGUAGCCAAUUCUCCAGCCAAUGCCGACUACCAGGAACGCUUCAACCCCAGCGUCCUGAAGGACUCAGCCCUGUCCACCCACAAGCCCAUUGAAGUGAAGGGCUUGGGAGGCAAGGCUACUAUCAUCCACGCUCAGUACAACACCCCAAUCAGCAUGUACUCCCAGGAUGCCAUCAUGGAUGCUAUUGCUGGGCAGGCCCAGGCCCAGGGCAGUGACUUCAGUGGGGCGUCUCCGCUGGCGAGCCUCCCUGUGAAAGACUUGGCGGUGGACAGCGCCUCUCCCGUGUACCAGGCUGUGAUCAAAACCCAAAGCAAGCCGGAAGAUGAGGCUGAUGAGUGGGCCCGCCGGUCCUCUAACCUGCAGUCUCGUUCCUUCCGCAUCCUGGCCCAGAUGACCGGGACAGAAUACAUGCAAGACCCCGAUGAAGAAGCUCUGCGAAGGUCAAGCACCCCUAUUGAGCAUGCUCCAGUGUGUACCAACCAGGCCACUUCCCCGCUGCUGCCUGCUUCUGCCCAGCCGCCUGCUGCUGCCUCUCCCAUUGCGGCCUCACCAACCCUGGCCACAGCUGCUGCCGCCCAUGCUGCUGCCGCCUCUGCUGCAGGCCCUGCCUCAAGCCCCGUGGAGAAUCCGAGGCCACAGGCCUCUGCUUACAGCCCUGCAGCAGCCACUUCUCCAGCAUCCUCUGCCCAUACCAGCUACAGCGAAGGUCCAACUGCCCCUGCACCCAAGCCUCGGGUUGUAACCACUGCCAGCAUCCGGCCUUCUGUCUACCAGCCAGUGCCUGCAUCAUCCUACAGCCCAUCUCCAGGAGCCAAUUACAGUCCGACUCCUUAUACCCCUUCGCCAGCUCCUGCUUAUACCCCCUCUCCUGCUCCCACCUAUACUCCCUCUCCUGCUCCCACCUAUACCCCCUCACCUGCACCUACCUACUCACCUUCCCCUGCACCAGCUUAUACCCCCUCACCUGCCCCAAACUAUACCCCUACACCAUCAGCUGCCUACAGCGGGGGCCCUUCAGAAUCUGCAAGUCGUCCACCCUGGGUGACCGAUGACAACUUCUCUCAGAAGUUUGCUCCUGGAAAGAGCACCACCACUGUCAGCAAGCAGACCCUGCCCCGGGGGGCUCCAGCCUACAACCCAACUGGCCCACAAGUGACUCCUCUUGCCAGAGGCACCUUCCAGAGAGCUGAGCGCUUCCCUGCUAGCAGCCGGACUCCUCUCUGUGGGCACUGUAACAAUGUCAUCAGGGGCCCUUUUUUGGUGGCCAUGGGCCGCUCUUGGCACCCCGAAGAGUUCAAUUGUGCCUACUGCAAGACCUCCCUAGCAGAUGUGUGCUUUGUGGAGGAGCAGAACAACGUUUACUGUGAGCGGUGUUAUGAGCAGUUUUUUGCCCCGAUCUGUGCCAAGUGUAACACCAAAAUCAUGGGGGAAGUGAUGCAUGCUCUGAGACAGACAUGGCACACCACUUGCUUCGUCUGCGCAGCCUGCAAGAAGCCCUUUGGGAACAGCCUCUUCCACAUGGAGGAUGGAGAGCCAUACUGUGAGAAAGACUACAUCAACCUGUUCAGCACCAAGUGCCAUGGGUGUGAUUUCCCUGUGGAAGCUGGUGACAAGUUUAUCGAGGCCCUGGGGCACACCUGGCAUGACACCUGCUUCAUUUGUGCGGUCUGCCAUGUGAAUCUGGAGGGUCAGCCAUUCUACUCUAAGAAAGACAAACCAUUGUGCAAGAAGCAUGCACAUGCCAUCAACGUGUAGGAGCCCAGAGUGGCUGGUUCGGGCCAAGCCCAGGUUGCUCCUGCUACUGAUGAUGAAGGAGUCAAAGAAGCUGAUGUUUCUUCUGGGGGGAAAGGGGGACAGGAGGAAAUGAUUGAGCCCUUUUGAAGUCUAACUUUUGUCUUUUCUUGUACACACUGUUUGUGUAUUAUUGUAGUUCAGACUAGAAGUCAAAAGAAGAUUCUAAACCCAGCUAGUAAUUAAUCCACGGCUGGAAUCAGACUUCAGAUAUUUGGGAAAUGACUCCAACAGUGAAAAACAAAACAAAACAAAACAAAAAAACAAUGUUCAAAAAUCAUAGACUCCCUGGCCAUGUCUGUCACCAGUGUGGGGACAGAGUUCUGGGCAGUUAUGGAGAAUCCAAAGCAUGCAGCAGAGUUCUAAAGAGAUCCUUGGCAAGCCCAAUGAUAUGCCAAACAGUAUUUGCUGUGCGGAUAUUUUUAGAGCCAGCACUGAGAGCUCCUUAGCUAAGACCCAUUGGGCUUUCCUCACCAAAAAAGGAAGAGUUGCUCCAUUAGCAUCACAGAGCUACCUCUGUGCAGCAGACUUCAGAGAGUGACAGGAACUUGAAACAACUCUGAAGCAAUGGUGGCCACCACUAGGCAAGUGAAAAGGCUCCAGAGAAGUCUUUGGCUCAUGCCGCAGACAGCUGAGAAAAGAUGAACUUUAUCCGCACCUCCCCCUCUUUCAGUCUGAAACAUCUGAAGUCCCUGGAAGGCUUUGCUCCUUUUCGAAUUGUUAAGGGAAGGUGAAAUCGGGUUUCUCCAGUUUUGCUUUACAGUGUAUCAGAAGAGGUUUGAAAAAGACUGUGGGUCAGGUUUCGCCUUUGUUUUGCUUGAAGAGGGUCCUAAGCAUGAAUAUUCUGUGCAUGUAUUUCACCCCCUACCCACAACAGCUCACGAAUAACAUCUUCCUCAGUCCAGCCCUCAAAUAGGCUCAGUGGGAAAAAGAGGCAGCGUCAAACAGGGGAUGGUAGAACAGGCUCCCGGAAGCACCUGCACAUUUGCUCAUGGGGAGAGGACAUUCUGCUAACCUCAGGAAGAAUGCAUGGGCUGCAGGACCUCCCACCUCCAGGGCUACACGGGCCUAUUAAGCUGUUCCUUUAAGUGCAGCCAAGCAAGUAUAUAGUCAUGCUGACUGUUGCAAGGAGGAAAAGUUGCAUUUGCCAUUUGGGCCAAUAUUUUGAAAAUAGUUGAAUGGAUUUAGACUAUUUAUUGAAAUAGACCUGGCCUUCCGACUCUUUUCCAAUACUACAUAUACAUGGAGUUCGGUAAGCUUGUUAGAGCUAUUUAGAAGUAAAGAAAGUGGCUUCCUUUCUGGGUUUUGAGAUGGUACAGUAGCCUUCCUUUCUAGGAAGGGCUGUGAGGAUGGAUGUUCAUUGAAAAUGGCAUUGAAAAAGGUUGUGUGUGUGUGUGUGUGUUGUGUGUGCGUGUUUCUCACUGGAGCACAGUAUGUAGGCACUCUAACAACCCACUGCCCCUCUCUCCUCCAUCCUGUUUUGGAUUUUUUGCUUUGCACGUUUGAAAUAUUUUAUAGGAAUGCACUCAAACUCGUCUUCUUUUAAGAACUAAGGCUCCCAAGAGACUGCAUCGUACUUAAGGGUCUCUCCUCCCUGGAAGACUCUGAAGUCCAUAGUUAGUUUGGAAUCACUAAUCACAUCUAGGCAGCACCAGGGAAGGUCAGAACUAUGCUCAUGCUCCUACCAAACAGCUCUUCUUUACUUUUUAUGCAACGCUCCAGGCUGAGUGUAUUCUGCUGGGACAGCCUGGAGGUUUGUCCAGACAUGCAGAACAGUACCUUGUAUAAUCUGUUAUUUUUGGAAAGUUCAAAUAUUCAGGGAUAAGGAGCUUGCUGACUAAACAGAAGGCUUCUAGGCAGUCUAUUAAAUGAUUAGGAACUCAUCUUGAGGAAGGGAAAUAAAAAUCCUUACCUUUACAUUUUCAAAAUGUCAUUUUAAAGGUUUUAUACAUGAACCCAGACACUGCUCCUGUGUAAUCAUUAUUGUUUUCUGUAGGAUCCUUAAGAAGAAAAUUAAAAUAUCCCAAAGGAAAGCAUCAGAUUAUCCUAUAUUAAAUAGUUUUUUAAAAAUAUUUAAUAGUUCAUAUCUAUUUUUAAAUGACUCUUACUUUUUAAAUACAAAACAUUUUAGAGGCUGGGUGUAAUCUAGUGGUACAGAAUUUUCCUAGAAUUUAGGAUUCUUUAGCUUUGGUCC